AUGUUUUGUUUACAAAUAACACUUGUUGCUAUGACUAGUUUAAAGCAUAGUAACAAACAUUAUUCAAUGUAUUAUGAUGGUUUGAAAUCACUUGUCUUAUUGUAUGAUAUUUCAAUGCUUUUAAUUUCAUUGAAUAUUCUCUUAUCAUCUUCUUCAGUAAAUAUUGAUAGUUUUAAUCUAAUGAAUAGUAUGACAUGGUCUAUUACUUCAUUUACUCAUAUUACACUAUUAGGUGUAUUUGUUUUGUUUAUUUCAUUCAUUAUUAUUAUUUAUGGAAUUAGAAUAUGGUUAUCAUUCUUUCUUAAAGAUUGUAUGUCACAACAGAAAAAACUAAAAAGUACUUGGCCUAGUGAUGUUAAAUUACCAUGUUUUCAAUCAACCGAUAGUAUAAGUUAUUAUUCAACACCAAGUCAUUAUUCUACAAAUUGUACAAUGAACUCUUUAAAUUCAAGUAGAAAAUCACUUGAAGAUGAAUUGGCUGAUACAAAAUUAUGUUCAACAAAUAAAUAUGAUAAUAUAUUUCGACCGUCUGUUCUAAGUGGUGGCAGCGGCGGCGGUGGUGGUGGUGGUGCUGGUAGUAAUAAUAUUUCCCCUAGUGUUAUUAGUUCUCAAUACUCGAAUGUGAAUUCUCAACAUUCAUUUAUAUCUUCUAAUUUAUAUUCAACUCGUUGCAAUCCAAUGAAACAACAAUCACCAUCACAACAACAACAACAACAAAUGAUUGAAUCUUGUCGACCUGAUGAUGACAAUUUAAGUUGUAUGACAAGUAUUAGUCAUUAUAAAUCAAAUAAUCCUAAUUGUUAUACACUUGAUUGUUAUUCAAAUAAUCAUUUACCUAAUUAUUUAUCACAAUCUAAUAUUAAACGUAAAACUGUUUCAUCAAAACGUAAACGACGAACUGGUCUUAUACAUUUUAUAUUAUGUUUAUUAUUUGGUCGAUUAGAAACAUGGAAUGAUGUACGCUUAGAAUUAACUUGUUUAGCAAAUGCAGUAUUCCUUAGUAUUGUAAUUUAUUGUACAUGUCGACUUAUGUUUUGUCUUGUUAGUGUAUUUGAUGGUUAA